AUGUCUGAGAGUUGGAAAGGACAGAAACUGCUUUCAAGGGCCGAAUUUCAUGUUGGUGCCCAUGUGACUAAGUUCAUGAGGUUGCAAAUGCUUUCCACUUCACUUGAUCGAAGUGGUGCUGCUCCAGUCUCUGACAAGACCAAUCGCUUUGCCUUACUGUUUGGUACUUUGGAUGGCAGCAUUGGUUGCAUUGCGCCCCUUGACGAGCUCACAUUUCGUAGGUUGCUGUCGCUGCAGAAAAAACUUAUUGAUGCUGUUCCCCAUGUUGCUGGUUUAAACCCAAAGUCAUUCCGCCAGUUCUGUGCUGAUGGAAAAGCUCACCGACCUGGCCCUGAAACCAUAGUAGAUUGUGAACUGCUUUCCCAUUAUGAGAUGCUCCCAUUGGAGGAACAGGUUGAAAUUGCUCAACAGAUUGGAACCACACGAGCGCAGAUUCUAUCAAAUUUGAACGAUCUUACUCUGGGCACAACUGGCUUAGAGGACAGGACACACUGCAGAGUACGAUAUCCUUCUCAAGGGCUAUCGACUGAUGUUCUCGGGCAACUAGGUGCUGUUCAAGUCUCGGAGGAACUAAUAACUGCAAAAUCGCUAAUUAGAGCUCGAUCCAGAUCACUCAUUCAAGAUCCUUGUGGCAGGACUGAGACUGAAGGAUAG